AUGAGUCUAGUAGAGCUACAAUACGGCAUAGAAAAGCCUCAUAAUAUCGGAGCUCAAUUACAGAAGUGUCAACCUUACAGUCUACUUAUAUACAUCUACUUCUACUGCCAGUCUUCAGAAAACCCAGGAGAAGCGACAGCUCCUCUACUGCCGUACCUAGUUGAGCACGUGCUCCGUCUCCCUAAAGGCUUCAAGCCGCCUCCGCACAUCAUAAAAGCAUUAUGGCUUGUUUUUGCUAUGGCGACAAUAUCGAACGGCACUCUGGAUUCCCUCGAAGAAAGGGUGUAUUUAGAAAAAGCUAUUGACAGGUUUAUUGUCAUGCUACAACCGGAUCCUUCAGUGUAUUACACCCACAACCCGGCUCUAUUGCUUUGGGCGUUCACAUCUCUUAGGAUCCCGGAUUAUGUCAAGUUACAUGUUUUAUCCCAAUGGUUAUUAAUUGAAGACAGCUUCCCGACUGAGCUAACAACGGAACCGACUCUACCGCAGCUGUUACUGAACGUUCUCGUACAUAACAAAGACUCUACAAUAGUAGAGAACUGUGUGAAGGCUCUACGAAUGUACGUUGAAAAUGAGGGCAGUAUCGAAAUAGCCGAUCUCGUUUGGUCCAUGUUACCUGACGUAUUAUCUAAGGCUUUGAUUGAUGAGUGUUGUUUAGAGUCUAAUGUCUGCUAUUUAUUGGACUUCGCCACGUCCGCUCUCCCCUCGGAGCUGGACCAGACCGGUUGCGUUAAAACAGCAGUACUGCUCUCAGCACUGUACUCGAACAACGAUUCCGACUACGACUGUCGCUAUGAAUACGCUUGCUUGAAACUGUGCCUGUACCUGUUAGGGUUGGCAAACAAUCAAAACGAUAAUCGAGUUUUAUUAACGUACGUAAAUCGCGAGGGCUUCCUUCCCCGAGUUCUACUAGCCACAAACAGUAGAGACGAUAAAGUUGCUUGCGCGUCUCUACAAUUGCUCUCGUACAUAGUACACUAUUUCAACAAGAACAAUUAUCAGCCAAAAACGUUACUACAAAUAGAAUCGAAUUUCAUAAUAAAUUCUCUAAGGAAGGACUGCAAUAAUGAGCGCGGGGCUUCAUUAUUGCAAUUAGUCUAUAUGGUACUGAACUCUGGGGUUAAUUCACCGUUGUCGUUGGCACAUGAGCCGGGGCCGUGUGAGCCUCAGCAGUGGAGCGCGCUCAGAGCUCUGAUGCUGAGGGUCCAGCUGAUGCUCUGCAGUAGGGAAUCAAAAACUCAAACAUCAGCCGGCUGGAAAACGUUAAGUACAAUAUUCAAACACGCAAUUGUCACUAAAAACGACACUAAAUUAGUGGCGAUUUUGACGUCACAACCCUGGACCCACGUUCUAAUACAAUUUCAACUGACGCAGAACACGACCAUAGAGUUCUUAACGUUCGUACAAAACUGGCUGACUCUACUGAAGAUCACUUUAAAGAAGAGCCAAGACGAGAAAAAAAUUCACCCGAACAGACAGAGUCUGGUGAUCAAAACCUUGUUAAUGAUCAAGAAGAAUACAGUCGAUGAAGAUGACUUGAAAGAAAUAAACAAUAAAGUUCUGGUUGUCGUUAAAGAUAUUUUAGAAGAAUCGAAAGUGAGAAUUAGAAAGAACUAAUCAUCGUGAAG